AGUUAGUUAGUGUAAUUUGAUAUAUAUGUAGAGGGAAUCGGUAUAAAGAUGAUGAAAGAAAGAGUGAUGCUUGCAAGGAAUUUCACACCUCACAUACCGACCCACUGGGGGGCGUAUAAGGAUAAUAUUGCCCCAGGCUACGACGAUACGCUACGAAUCAAAGGAAGUGACACAACACCGUUGACUCCACGGAGAAAUAUUCAACAAAGAAUGAUUGCACCGGGGUGGUGUGAGGGCAGCAAUAAUGUUGCUAAAGAUAGAACAGAACAAUAUGGGGUCCAGUGCACAAUGCAGUUACGUUUACAUUUUUAGUAACGGAUACUACCACACCUAUAUAUGUAGUUCCUCAGUCAAAAAUACGUCUUGGGGAACGUCACAACUAAAGCAGCUGUUACUCAUACUGUCUGGAUUACACUCCUGAACAAACAUGGCACUAUCUGAGGUACGUAAAGGUGGAGUAUGGAUAGAAGAGUGGUUGAUGUCAUCCAACAUUUUACCAUUUUUGGUCCAUUAAUACACACUCGUGGAAACCCUCUCUAUACGCAAUUCGUAGCAAGUUGGUA